AUUAAUGAAUUAUUUAUUCGGAGGAAAAGACUUAAAAUAACAAUAAGGGAGAAGUGAUUAACCUCCUGCAAUUAAUAUUCAUGUUGUUAUAAAUCUAUAAAAAGCAAAUUUAAAUUUAGAAUUAACUAUUGAUUCAGAAAUUCCAUUUGAUUUAUUUUUAACAGGAAUUAAAGAGUAAAUAUUUGCUCAAAGAAUGCAAGAUGAAGAUGAAGAAACUAUAGAAUGGCAAUUAGGAAAUGGAUCCAAUCUAUAAUAAAAUGAUUAAAGAUCAUUAAAAUAGUUAGGAUUUACAAAUAAUUGCACACUCUAUGGUACACUUAAGCUUAAAGGAAGUAGGGAGCCUACAAUAAAUAUUAUUUGUUCUUAUCAAUAAUUAAAAAUAAAAAUGAAGCUUCCAUUUGCUCCUUAUAUUCCAUUUGUGGAAUUUUUGAAUGAAAUAUUAUUAAAAUAAAUAUUUGAAAAUGAAACACCAAGAGAAUUUAAAAACAAUAUUGAAUGUAAAUUGGAAUAAAUAAAAAUUAUUAAGUUAAAUGAGACUAGUAGUUUAGAAAAUUUAGGAUUCUCAAAAAAUUGCACACUUUAUAUCAAUCUAAAUAAUAGAGAAUAUUAAAAACAAAGUAAUUUUUAUCAUAAAUGUAGUAUUAUAAUAAAAAAUGAUUUUGAAUGUAUUAGUAGAUUUAUAAUUUUAAAAAAUAGAAUUAAAUGUAUCAUAAUAUAAAAGUACUCCAAUAUCUUGUGUUUUUCAUGAUAUUUUAAUGGAAUUAUUUUCAAAGUUAUAAUUUAAAGUAACUCAACCAUUUGCAUUUUUUAUUAAUGAAAAAGAAAUUGAUCCUUAUGAUUGUAGAUUAUUAGAAGAUUUUGAAUAAAUAUAAAGUAUCAAUUUAGAAAUGAUUCCUUCAAAUAAAUAAUCUAAUCAAUUACUAAAUGAAAAAUAUUAAUUUGCACUAAAAAAUAAAAGUAAAUGGUAUAAAUUUAAAUUGGAAAAUAUUAUAAAGAUUUAGUGUAUUGAAAAUAAUGUAACAGUUCGAGCUUUUAUUAAUACCUCUUUAGAAGAUAUAACUAAAUAGAUCAUAAGUGAGUUAUAAAUAUCCAAAAUAUAUCAAGAUUAUUCUCUAAAAUAUUAUAUUAAUGGUGAAGAAUUUUAAGAAAUCACUUCUAUUUAUUCUAAAACUGAUAUUAAAGCUAUAAUCAAAUAUCAAAAAUAAUAAAAUGUUAAUAAUUCUUAAUUCAUAUUUUAAUACAUUGGAGAUUUUUAUUAAAAAAUGAUUAUUUGGGGUUAAAUAAAUUCUAAUAAUUUUUUAAUUGAAGAAUCAAUCGAAUUAAAUGAUUUACAUAAAGAACUUUUAGAUUAUGUUAAAUUUAAAAUGUUUGGCAUCAAAUAAGAAUAGUAUUCAUAAAAAAUUUUGGAACAAGAAAAUGGAUUCAUAAAGGUGAAUUAUAUUCAAAAAAAAUUAUGA